AUGCACCGCAUCCUCAUAGCCUUUGGGUCCCCACCGCCUUCAGCAGCCUCAGCGCACCCUCACCGGCCUGUCGGCACCACUAGAGCGCGCGGAUUGCAGGAAUCGCCUGCAGCAGCAGCAGCAGCAGCAGCAGCAGCAGCAGCAGCAGGUGCUGCUGCCAGUGGCGUCGCGGCAUUCGACCUGGGAGGCCGAACCAUCCCAUACGGGUUGUACUAUCUGAACGUGUCGCUCUCCUCGCCUGCGCACUCCUUCUCUGUGGUCUUUGACACGGGCAGUGACAUGCUGUGGGUGCCCUGUGACUGUAUUCAGUGUGCCACCGACUCCUCCCUCGUUCCUCUGAGCACCCCCUAUCGCCCAGACAACUCGCUCACAGCACAGCCUGUCGCCUGCAGCAGCCCUCUCUGCCCCUCUGGCCGCCCCAACAUCGGUUGUGGCGUUGCCCCCAACCUCACGCGCACUCCCACCACCAUCUCCCGCUCUGCUCAGCAGCCCGCCACUCCCACAAGCAGCUCAGCCUCUAAUCAGCCUUUUGCUCCCAAUGGGGUGGUUCCAGAGCCUCUACCGCUCUCAACCUCCUCCAAUGCCUCUGAUUCUCUGUCGGGCUCCUCGCCCCUGCCUGCUCCUGCUGAUUGGCCCUCCCCAAGUGACACGUGUCAGUAUGUGAUUCGCUACGGGGAUGGCAGCAGCACGGAGGGGACGCUGGUGACUGAUGUGAUUAACCUGAGUGUGACACAAGCGGGGGCAGGCGCAGUGGCAGCUGCCACAUCAGCGUCGGCUGUGCCAGGUGGCGGUCAGCCAUUGGAGGGGUCGGCAGGGAGUGGGAGCAGUGUUGUGAGCCCUCGGGUGCUGUUUGGCUGCUCAUCACUCCAAACAGGCACCCUCAUCAGCAGCCCCUUCUCAGUGGACGGCCUCAUGGGCUUUGGCUCCGGCCCUCGCUCCGUCAUCCGCCAACUCUCCUCUCCCGCCUCCUCCACGGACUCGCCAACACAAGUGCCCGCCUCCCCUGCAGAAACACCAGCAGCAACAGCAGCAGGCACAGGCUCAGGGGCAGGAGCAGGGCAGCAGGGGGCGGUAAUGCCGUUUGCCUUCUCCUUCUGCCUGGACGGAGGGGACACGGGGGGAGGCCACCUGGCAAUUGGGAGAUCGCGGCAACCCGCAGACAUGCAGACAGCAGCACUGUGGCACGUGGAUGGACUGCCAUACCAUUACAUCAACAUCACCAAAAUGAGCAUUGGAGGUCGCCAGGUGGUGGGUGCUGAUUCGCUGUCAGCAGUGGACUCUGCCAGCCUGGCAGGCGGCGUCAUCAUUGACAGCGGCACAACCUUCACUGCGCUGCCGCCCGCCGUCUACACCUCGCUAAAGGAUGCGGUGUUCUCAGACCCGCUUCUCUCUGCCUUUCCUGAUCCCACCCUCGGGGAUUGCACCCUCUUUCCCAGCAACGCCACACUUUUCGACUCGGUCUUUCCGAACCUCCUCAUCAGCCUUGGCAACACGACCUGGGCCGUGCCAGCCACCAACUACCUCUUCCUUGGCGGUUUCAUGGAGCGCACAGGCCAGGCUUUACUUUGCUUGGCAGCCCUCCCCAUUUCCUCCUCGCGUGUUUCCGCCAUCAUUGGAGAGUCGUGGCUGCAGAACUUCUACGUUCUCAUGGAUGAGGAGAGAGGGCUGUUCGGCUGGCACCCCCUCAACUGCUCUACAGGCCAGGAGCUUUUCCGAACGUCACUUCCGCAAGAAGGCAACCCUGCACCUGCCACACGCAACACCACAGCACCCAGCCGUGGGCAUGGGCCAGGGGCGUCAAAGGCACGAGAAGAGUGGAGCGGAGGGCGCGGACGCGAGGCGCAGGGCACAGGGCGCAGAGGGGGAAAGUGCAAAGCAGGGGCGCAGGGCGCGGGGUGCAGGCGGGCUGGUAUGGGGGGCUCAGAUGGGAGGUCAUCACCGCAGGAGCAGCAGGGCGAGGAUGCAGCGCAGGGAGGGGGGCGGUCGCUGCAGCAGGUGGAGGAGGAGGCGAGGGCGCAAGUGGACCCGUCUGCGUUCCUCAUCCUCCUCAACUGCGCGUCUCCAGGCGUUCCCGAGGAACAGGUGGGUGGUUGA